UCGGGGCUGCCCACCCCCCUCUGAUCCCCUUUGUGGGAGAGAGACUGGCUGGACCGGGGUCCAGACUACAUCUCCCAGCGUGCCUGCCAGUGGCCGCCUCUGUGCGUCGGCCGCGCGGUCUCCGGUCUCUGGCCACGAUGCAGUGGGCAGCGAGCGCGGCGGCCCACCUGGGCUUCCGUGGGCAGGCGCUCCCCCGGGCCCCCGGCCGGCGGCUCAGCGGCUCGCAGGUGGGACAGAGGGUGCCGGUGCGCGGUGCCCAUCCUGGAGGGCAGGGGCCGGCGGGCCCUGAGCCGGCCGCCCCGCAGGACGCGCUCCGCAGGACGCCGCUCCACGACUUCCACCUCGCCCACGGCGGGAAGCUGGUGGCCUUCGCGGGCUGGAGGCUGCCGGUGCAGUACCGGGACAGCCACGUUGACUCCCACCUGCACACGCGCCGCCACUGCUCGCUCUUUGACGUGUCCCACAUGCUGCAGACCAAGAUACACGGUCGUGACCGGGUGAAGCUGAUGGAGAGCCUGGUGGUGGGCGAUAUCGCAGAGCUGAGGCCAAACCAGGGGACCCUGUCGCUGUUUACCAACGAGGCCGGGGGCAUCUUGGACGACUUGAUUGUGACCAACGCCUCUGAGGGACACCUGUACGUGGUGUCCAACGCUGGCUGCCGGGACAAGGACCUGGCGCUCAUGCAGGACAAGGUCAGGGAGCUGCAGAGCAGGGGCAGCGACGUGGGCCUGGAGGUGGUGGACAAUGCCCUGCUCGCCCUGCAAGGCCCCGCUGCGGCCCGGGUGCUGCAGGCCGGCGUGGCGGACGACCUGCGGAAACUGCCCUUCAUGACCAGCGCCGUGAUGGAGGUGUUUGGCGUGCCCAGCUGCCGCGUGACCCGCUGCGGCUACACCGGAGAGGAUGGCGUGGAGGUGGGUCAGGCGUGGGGGCAGGGCGGCGGUGGACUCGGGCCAGCAGCCCACCGCCCCCCGCUGUCCCCGCAGAUCUCGGUGCCCGCGGAGGGGGCGGUGGGCCUGGCGGCCACUCUGCUGGGAGACCCCGCGGUGAGGCCGGCGGGGCUGGCGGCCCGGGACAGCCUGCGCCUGGAGGCGGGCCUGUGCCUCUACGGCAGCGACAUCGACGAGCGCACCACGCCCGUGGAGGGCAGCCUCGGCUGGACUCUGGGCAGGCGCCGCCGGGCUGCCAUGGACUUUCCGGGGGCCGCGGUCAUCGUUCCUCAGCUGAAGGGCAAGGUGCCGCGGAGGCGCGUGGGGCUCACGUGCGAGGGGGCUCCGAUGCGGGCACACAGCCCCAUCCUGAGUGUGGAGGGCACCGUGAUCGGCGCUGUGACCAGUGGCUGCCCCUCGCCCUGCCUGAGGAAGAACGUGGCAAUGGGCUACGUGCCCCCUGAGUACAGUCAGCCGGGCACCCCGCUCCUGGUGGAGGUGCGGCGGAAGCAGCAGGAGGCUGUGGUCAGCAAGAUGCCCUUUGUGCCCACAAACUAUUACACCCUGAAGUGAGGAUGGCUGGGGCGGGCCCUCCACUGGAGGGCAUUCUACAGGGGUUAGUCAGGAAGCUGAGGCAGAACACAUGGGUAGGCGGCGAGGGUCUAGGCUGGUUCUGGUUGUGGGUGGGACACACCACCUAUACCCCCUCAGCCUGUGCCACUUCAAUUUCAAGACCGAUUUCUCAGUGACGGACCCGCUCACCAUGUCCUGUUUCUGCCCACGCUCCCGCGGACCCACUCCUGCCUGCUGAGGGCUCUGAGCAGCAUCAGUUCUGGCAUUUCCUCUCUGCCUGGUGCUGCCGGUGCCUCAAAGGCUCACCUGUGGGAGGACCGAGCCUGCCCGACCUACCUCACCAUGGUUCUCACACUUCCAAGGGGCAUUGCCUUGGGCAGUGCCAGUCGCCUCCUCUGGUUUUCUUCCCAUGAAUGCAAACUGCUGCCUCCCUGGGCAGGACUGACUCCUGACUCGGAGGCUUGGCUCAGUAGGGCUGCUGCGCCUGAGGAUGGUUGAGGGGCACAAGUUGGCCCAGCCUGCUGCCCAGCAGCAAGCCAGCCAGGCUCACCCUUGUUCUGAGCCCCGGGCUGCUGGAGGGCAGGCUGGGCCUCCUGGGCUUGCCUUGCCUGCGCUGACCUGUGCCCCUUGGCCUAUUACUGGACUCCGCUGACUCCUAAGAAACAUUAAACGAGCU